AUAGAUGAAUUAACAUCCAAAAUUUCCUGACGCACUUGAAUUGAUAAUAAACGGAACGGACCGGAGCUGGGGAGUGAAGAGGCCUCCGAUUAGGUCAAACCAGUGUUGAAGGCUUUAUUGGAUUGUCAAAGAACAGCAAUGUCGGCGCGAUUGCUGAGGAAGGUUUUGCAAGAACAAGAAGAGCAGCAGCCGCAGCUCGACAACGACGAUGACUCGGACUCUCCCGAUUCCGUCGCUCCUCCUUCAAAAAAUCUCUUCCAUAUCCUCAACGACGACGACGAUGAAGCUCAGGGGGAUGAAAGUGAAAUUGCUAACGAAACGUUGACCAGAAACAUUAAUGAACAAGAAUCCUCUGUGGAGAAAAGUACUGCUGAUGUAGUUUCAACUUCUAAUCAUAAAUCAAAGAAAAAGAAAAAGAAAAAGAUAAAGGGCAAGCAGGGUUCAUUUUCAAGAGUGGAUAAAGCUGAAAAACCCUUGGAUGUGAUUUUGAAAACAUUGUCUCUUGAUAGUAACUCUUCUAGCAAUCAGCCUGGCUCUACAGAAGCUAAAUCAGUGAAUGUAAAAGUUUGUGAUAACCGGGCUAAACAGUACACGACCUCCAUAUUACAAGUAGACCCAAAAUUUUUAAGUGCUGAAAACGAGCUGCGGCGAAUAUUUGGCUCUAAGGUAGUGAGUUCUUUUGAGAAUAGUCAGCAAACUGGUAGUUCCAGACAGAUACGUGGGGGAAGACGUGGAAGCCACAAUCCCAAAAAGACUAUUCUUGUGUCUCCCUCAGACCAUUGGCCCCGUUGGGAUGGAUCUUUGUCUAUGGAAUUUCUGGAAUCCAAAGAUGGAUUGAACUUCUUCAGAUAUGUACAUUCUUCUUCCUAUGGCCAAGCUCAGAGAGCGUUUGAAGGUGCCAAAUCUAUUCAUGAUCUGAACAGUAUAGCCAGUGUUUUACUGUACUAUCCUUAUCACUUGGAUUCACUCAUAACAAUGGCAGACUAUUUUAAAUUUGUGGGGGAACAUCACAUGUCAGCUGAUGCUACUGCAAAGUCUUUGUAUGCCUUGGAAUGUGCAUGGAAUCCAAUGUUUACCCCAUUGCAGGGUAAUUGUCAAUUAAAAUUCAGCCAUGAAACAAACAAGCCAUUGUUCACAACACUUUUCACUCACAUGAAAAACAUGGACAGGCGAGGUUGUCAUCGGUCUGCCCUUGAAGUUUGCAAACUGUUGCUUUCACUGGAUUCAGAUGAUCCAAUGGGGAUCAUGUUCUGCAUUGACUACUUUGCUUUGAGGGCAGAGGAAUAUGCUUGGCUAGAACGUUUCUCUGAAGAUUACAAAAGUGAUAACUCCUUGUGGUUGUUUCCAAACUUCUCAUAUUCCCUUGCCAUUUGCCGGUUUUAUCUUGAGAGAGAUGAAUCCUCAAAAGACACUCAUGUGGAAAAUGUGAAGGCUACUUCAACUGAUCUUAUGAGGCAGGCUUUGAUGCUUCACCCUUCGGUCCUUAAGAAAUUAGUUGCAAAGGUACCUUUAAAGGACCAGGCAUGGACAAAUAUACUCAAGCAAGCUUUUUUUAAAUCAGAACAAGCAGGGAGCCUCUCCUUGGAUCACCUGAUUAAUAUCUAUGUAGAGAGGAGUUAUAUCAUAUGGAGGCUCCCAGAUUUGCAAAAAUUGUUGAGAAAUGCUGCCCUUCUGGUGAUUGAAACACUGGAAAGUAAUGGAAGUGAAGCUAGGGAUUGGGCUUGUGUAAGAAAAGAAGUGUUCUCUUCUCAGAAAAAUGAGUAUGGUCAUUUAUUGGUGUCAGAUUUCUCUGAUUCAGUGCCAACUCUUCCACCUGAUAACUUGCAAAAUUUUAUGGCUGACCCGAGGAUGAGAGAGGAGGUGCUAAAUGUGAACCAAGUUGUCAAUCCACAUGGUGGUGAUCGUGCUCCACGAGACAUUGCAAAUCGAAGUCCAUUAGCUGUUUUGUUUGAGUCGAUACUACCCUGGGUUGAUUUUGGAGAUAGAGUUGAAGAGGAAGCUGGUGAGGACAACCAACCCAAUGGACGUGGUCCUGAUGAUCAAGGUCAUUGAUCAGCAUCUAUGGCGAUCUGGCCAAUGCUUAAAUUUUCAGAAACUCAUUUACAUCAGUGAUCAAGACCAAUUUUCUGCACCGAAGAAUAACUCUUUCUAGAGGUGACCAAGUUGUUUUGCUGCUUGGGAAAAUGAUUUGUCCCAUCUUUUUUUCUAUUGUGCGUGUAGGUUUAAACAUACAUGUGCUGUUGCCAUAUAAGGAUUGAUGCCGUAGCAUUCCUAAAGUGGUUAAACAAUUGUUGAGGUAAAUAAAUAGUUGAGACAAACAAACACAGUGCCAGCUGAUAUAUGAAUCUUGUGGUGCUUGUGGUCUUAUAGAUGCAAAUCCAAUAUGGAGAAUGGAUCAGCAAAUAUCUUGUAAACCAUGAUUUGAGUUAAUUAUAGCUACGCUGUAAAUUUGGCUUAUGGCUUUUCUCCUGUCAA